AUGGCCAAAACAACCUUCCCAACUGUGAACAAAUGCACAUCGAUAGGCAGAGAACAACACGCAGUGGUUGCUGACAUGGAUGGAACCUUGCUUAGAGGCCGUAGCUCUUUCCCUUACUUUGCACUUGUGGCCUUCGAGGUUGGUGGGAUUCUGAGGCUCCUUUUCUUGCUCCUUGCAACCCCACUAGCUGGACUUCUCUAUUACUUUGUCUCAGAAUCUGCAGGGAUCCAAGUUCUGGUCUUUGCAACAUUUUCUGGUAUGAGAGUCUCAGAUAUUGAGUCGGUGGCUCGAGCUGUAUUGCCAAAGUUUUAUUCGAGCGAUCUUCACCCAGAGACUUGGCGUGUGUUCUCUGCAUGUGGGAAAAGGUGUGUGCUAACUGCGAAUCCAACAAUAAUGGUGGAAGCGUUUUUGAAAGAUGUGUUGGGAGCUGAUUUGGUUUUGGGUACUAAGAUAGCAACUUAUAAGGGCAGAGCAACUGGGUUGGUUUGUAAGCCUGGGGUACUUGUUGGGAAGAACAAAGCUGAUGCUCUUGAAAAGGCCUUUGGAGAAACUCAGCCAGAUAUUGGUCUUGGUGAUAGAGAUACAGAUACUCCCUUUAUGUCACUGUGCAAGGAGGCUUUUAUUGUGCUACCCCAACCAGAAGUAAAGCCUGUGACAAUGGACAAACUCCCCAAGCCAAUUAUCUUCCAUGAUGGCCGCCUUGUUCAAAAGCCAACACCUCUCGUGGCACUCCUCACCAUUCUUUGGAUCCCCACAGGCUUCCUCUUAGCCUGUCUUCGAAUCACCGCGGGUGCCAUCCUCCCCAUGCCACUAGUCUAUUACGCUUUCAUGGCACUAGGUGUUCGUGUCACUAUCAAAGGCACCCCUCCUCCUCAGGCCAAAAAAUCCAUAGGCCAAUCUGGUGUCCUCUUUAUUUGCUCCCACAGAACCUUACUUGACCCUAUUUUCCUUUCCACCGCCCUCGGCCGUGCCAUCCCUGCUGUGACCUACUCUGUCUCCCGCCUCUCCGAGAUCAUCUCACCCAUCAAGACCGUUCGCCUUAAUCGUGACCGGGCUAAGGAUGCAUCCAUGAUCAAGAAACUAUUAGAAGAAGGUGACUUAGCAAUAUGCCCUGAAGGUACAACUUGUAGGGAACCGUUUCUUUUGAGGUUUUCGGCUUUGUUUGCUGAAUUAACAGACCAACUUGUGCCUGUGGCAAUGGUGAAUCGGAUGAGUAUGUUUCAUGGAACCACAGCUAGAGGGUGGAAAGGAAUGGACCCAUUUUAUUUCUUCAUGAACCCUAGCCCAGCUUAUGAAGUAACUUUUUUGAACAAAUUGCCACUUGAGCUAACCUGCAGUUCUGGGAAGUCUAGCUAUGAGGUUGCAAAUUAUAUACAAAGCGUUAUUGCGGCAACUCUUUCUUAUGAGUGCACAAGCUUCACUAGGAAAGAUAAGUAUCGGGCACUUGCUGGUAAUGAUGGAACUGUGGUUGAGAAACCUUUACUCGAGGCCAACAAAGUAAUGGGAUGUUGA